CAUGCAACAAUAGCACGUAGUACGAAACAGCUGCUUGCAGUGUAAUAAAACAUUUUUAACAUAAUUUAACAAAAUGUUGGACCUAUUUAGCAUCUUCAGCAAAGGCGGUAUUGUGCUGUGGUGUUUUCAAAGCACGAGUGAAAUUUUUUCGCCGUCUGUGAACGCUCUCAUUCGAAAUGUAAUCUUACAAGAGCGUUCUAGCAACAGUACAUACAACCAUAAUGCGUUAAGUCUCCAAUACAAGUUGGAUAAUGAGUUUGAACUCGUGUUUGUUGUGGCGUAUCAACGUAUCCUACAAUUGUCAUACAUAGACAAGUUUCUAAAUGAUAUUCACCUGGAAUUCAGGGACAAAUACAAAAAUGAACUUACCAGCGGCUGGCAUAACAUAGAUUUCGAUUUCAAAACCACUUUCGAUAGCAUUUUGAAACAAUGUGAACAGUGGGCUAAGUCACAAGAGAAACUUCCAAAACAAAUGAGAACUUUUGAGGACUCCCAGAAGUCAAAGAAAACUGUUGCGUCCAUGAUUGAGCGUAAAGGAGACGAGAAAUCUAAAAAGUCUGUGAAAAUUGUGGAAAACAAAUCCAUUACUAAUGGCACCAAUGAAAGUGUUUCGGACAUGGAGGACGAAGUCAUCGCUGCCAACCGGGCCAAGCUUGCACAAAAAUUGGCCAAAACUAAGAAGGAGACUAAGAAGUCCCCCAAGAGCCCGAAGCCCACUGAGCGUGUGAAGAAGCCGCGUGUGUGGGAACUGGGUGGCAAUAACCGUGACCUGCCGUCGCUGGACUUCAGCACCGAUAAGGAGGGUGAUGUGGAAGUCGUGCAGGAUACGCAGAUCGUGGGUCAAAUGGCCGGUGCUAUCCGUGACCUGGAGGUGGAGUCGGGCAGCAGCAGCGAGGACGAGGUGGAGGACAAGCCCAGCCCCAAGAAGAGUGGCGGCAUGUUUGGGAUAUUCAAAGGUCUGGUGGGCUCCAAGGCGCUCACGGAGGAGUCAAUGCGGCCGGUGCUGGACAAGCUGCGCGACCACCUCAUAGGCAAGAACGUGGCCGCCGACAUCGCCAACAAGCUGUGCGACUCGGUAGCUGUUAAGCUGGAGGGGAAGGUACUCGGUACAUUCGAUAGCGUGGCUAAAACAAUCCGCGCUACACUCACGGAGUCCCUCGUACAGAUAUUGUCGCCCAAACGCCGUGUCGACAUACUGAGAGACUGUCUGCAUGCUAAGGAGCAGGGAAGACCCUAUGUCAUGUCAUUCUGUGGGGUAAACGGUGUAGGCAAGUCCACCAACCUCGCUAAGAUCUGCUUCUGGCUGAUCGAGAACAACCUGUCCGUACUGAUCGCGGCGUGCGACACGUUCCGCGCCGGCGCUGUCGAGCAGUUGCGCACGCACGUGCGGCGCCUGCUAGCGCUGCACCCGCCACAGGUGCACAACCGCACCAUGGUACACCUCUACGAGCGCGGCUACGGCAAAGACGCGGCCGGCAUCGCGAUGGAGGCCAUCAAAUACGCGGCGGACUCCAAAAUCGACGUGGUAUUAAUCGACACAGCUGGCCGUAUGCAGGACAACGAACCAUUAAUGCGAGCGCUCGCUAAACUCAUCAAGGUGAAUGAACCGGAUUUGGUUCUCUUUGUUGGUGAGGCUUUAGUUGGCAACGAAGCAGUCGAUCAGCUGGUUAAGUUCAACCAGGCGUUGGCUGAUCACAGUUCUUCUACUAACCCUCACGUCAUAGACGGUAUUGUGCUCACUAAAUUCGAUACCAUCGAUGAUAAAGUAGGCGCCGCCAUAUCUAUGACCUAUAUCACUGGACAACCGAUAGUAUUCGUUGGCACCGGUCAGACUUACACCGAUUUGAAGGCACUGAACGCUAAUGCCGUUGUCAAUGCGUUAAUGAAGUAAAUGAAGAAUAAAAAUAUUUCCAUAGUAUAAACUGUAAUCGAAUUUUCGUAAAUUUUAUGCAAUUGCUUAUUUAACAGAUUUACGUGUUUUGGACUUAGUCGUGUUCGUUGAACUUUUUGCGAUUUCUUGAUAAAAUUUCUGAUUUACAUAAUGUCUUAAAGAUUUUUGACUAAAGGUUUGGGCUUGCUCACAAAAAGCAAACGAAUACGACAGUAUUUUCAAGCCGUAUCAUACAAUAAUUUGUCACAAAGAAUUUCCAAUCUUGCAACAUGAUCCCACAGAUUACAAAUUGUUUUUUCAUUGUUCAAUCUUAAAAAAUUUCUACACAGCUAUUGUAAGUAUUACAAAAUCUAUCACAUUCAUAAAAUAUGAAUUGAUUACAGGAAUGUCCUAAUGUUUCCCAAAUCAUGUGAAACCUACUUUUGUGUCAUACACUUUCAUGUCAAUUGUAUAUUGUUAAUAUCUUUUCUCAUUUCAAUAUUAGUAUUGUGAAUGUCCUAAAAAUCUAGUAUUUAUUUUAGAGCACUAUCCUAUUCUAUUCCUUAAGUAGUAACUUUUCUGCCAUCUUAACAUAGAUAAUAUAAUAUGGUGACGGUUUUUUAUUACUGAAUUUAUUUUCUUAUGAUUGUUUCGAUGAAAUUUAUUUUUAUAUUGCCGCAUGUAGUAAUAAUGAUACUCGUAAUAAUUAUGUAUUAAUUUUAAUUACCUACCUGUCUAUGCUCUGUGUAAGUAGUGGCUUUACUGAAGCUUUCUAUAUUUUCCCCUAAAAGGACCAGGUAAUUUAGCAGCAAAAGAUAUAAUAUUUUGCUAUAACAUUUGAUAUCAUAAUAUGUUUCAAUUCAAAGUGCCUUUAACCAGCAGAAAUAAAGGCAUGUUAUUCCACAAUAUUACGUCACUGCCUUAUUAUAUCACGACGAAUAGAGUAUUGGAAUAUUCCAUUAAUAUAUUAUUUAGUUACAAUUUACAUUAUAUAAUUAUUGAUAUAGAUUUAUAAUAUAAUUUGUAUAUUAUUAUGUUUGUUGAAUAUUGAAUUGUGAAGUCCACAAAUUAAUGUGGAUUAACGUGGGUACCUGUUAUUUUAAAUAAAUUUUUGAACAUGAAUAA